AAAUGGAAUUCGAAUUAAGAGAAAUACGUUAUUAAUGACUGAUCAGCGUGUAUUGGGGAAGGGGGUCGGUAAUCGUCAUCACUUCGCACAUAUCGGCUCCAGGGAUUCAGAUCCCGGAUAUUUAAUGGAUCUACCUGCGCUGUGCACUCCAGCAUCAUUACGCCUACGCGAGAUAGUGCGCGCCGCCAAAAAUUCAAUCGACACGUCACGCUGCUGUGUGUAUCAACAUUGAAAAAUCAAUGGUAACCCGUGACGUAGGUGUCCCGCCUCAAUGACGGCCAAUGAGUGCGCGCGCCUACCCCCUCCACCCGCUUGCGAGAACGUUGCUUAUUCACGCGCAGACCGGCGUGCUCAUUCUGCAGCGAGCUGCCGUAUCGAACGGACGUGAAUUUCGAGUAGCUGUCAAAGGGACGACAAGACGUAAUUAAAGAAACAUAUAUAUCGAGCGAUAUACAGGGUGGCAGGAACGCACUUGUGAAAGCGUGUAUGCAGUUUUCCAGCCGACAUUAGCCAGGCGGAUAGGACGCAGCAAUUGUCAUCGAGCGAUUGUAAUCGAUAACGAAGAUCGACAGAUCGAUACGUUAUCAAGGCGCCAGCGCGCAAAACGAUAUCGACGAUAUUGAUUUUUUUCGGCGGAGCCACGUGACUGCGAGUUAAAACUUGCGAGGUAGAGUCGUAACGAGAUCAGCGGAAAAAAUUAUCGGCCGAAGUCAUCGACGGACGUUGAGAUAGUCAGGAUCCACUCUCUUUAACGCGACGAGGUGUCGAACGAGCUGUUGAACUUUCUAGAACUGCUACGAGAGCGACAGAGAGAGCAAGCGAAGGAAGAGAGAUAAGAGGACAACUCGGGCCGACGACGUGCGACGACCGAGACAGAGACAGGGAUAGUGAGCGUGAAGAAUCGACGAAAGGAAAGACAGAGUUAGAGUGCACGCACACCGGCAGACGACAUGGCGUUUAUGAUGCCCGUGGUGAAAAACGAAUGGGAUAUUUACAAGACUAAUCGCAGCCGGCGCUCCUCCGAGUGUUCCAAUCCGCAGGCCUGCCGUAGCAGAAAGGUCUGGCGAACUAGCAGGCACAACCGUCUUGCAAAGUGCGACACAUCUGAUCACCCUUCUGUCUCGAUUCUUAUGGUGUCCGAAUGUUCCAAGUCGGAGGGUCCGUCGUUGUCGACCUCCCCCGGCUCCGAUUUCCUGACCUCGCCGGCGCAUCGGUCCGUACCGUUGACCUCGCGUCACUUCUCAAGGACAUCCUCGAGGGCAUCUCAGAGUUCCCUGCAAAGUCCAAGUAAAAGCACGAGCACGUCGCCGCCGAAGACUGGCAGUUCGAACUCCCUCAACAAGUUCCAUAACCGAUUGGUCGACAAGUUGAAGCGCUCGCUGAAGAAGGCAGAGGACUGCGCUGAAGAUCAGCGAAACUUAUCGUGAAACAGUCAAGUGGUUUUGGGCCGGCCACCCGUAUCCGGUUCGAAACCAAUCGAGAUCCGACGCACUUCGGCACCCGCUACCACAUCCGAGUCGAGUAGCAACGCGGCGGCACGCUCGUGUCCGGAUCCAUCUUCAGCUUGGUAGAGAAGAGAGAACAUAAGAAAGGAAAGAGAGAAAGUGAGAGAAAGAUGAUAGCGACAGCAACAAAAAAUACGUGUAUUAGAAGGAAGAGAUCGAGUGAGAGAAGAAGAAUGUGUGUACAAGAAUGAGAAAAUCAAUGAGGGAAAAGAAGGAAGAAGAAGAAGCGAAGAAAUCAACUUUCGCUCGUCGCACGUUUAGCUUGAGUAUGUUCGAAAGCGAGCGCGUACAAGAUUGUUAACCCAGCACAAGCAAGAAGAAAGAAGGGUGGCAUGAUCCUGGAGUCGUUAUUUUCGAACCAUUGGAUGUCGAUAGUCGAUCAUGGAUAAUCGAUCAAGGAUCCUCAGGGGUCAAGAGAUACCUCGAUCGAGCGAUCGAACGAUAGGAGGAGCCUCAAUGAACACUUGAGAUGAUGAAAAGAGAUGUUGAUUGCAACGCUUUUAGAAUAACAGCGCGACAAUUUCGAUAUAUAAGGAGUGAAGAACAUCGAUAAACAGAAGAAUAUUCCAUUCUACGGAUCUCCUAGAUAAAUCUAAGGAUCUGAUUAGAAGAUGAUGAGAAAAAGGAAAUAGUAAUAAGAUGGGAAUCCUGAAAAAUUCGCAGUUUACAUCAGAUCGAACUAUUCGAUCGAAUCUCUCGUAGCAGAGAUUUCGAAGAUGACUGGAGAGCAUCAGCAAUUAAGGGAUAAUCGUUGGAGCAGCAACAGCGCAAAAAAUAAGAUAGCAGGGGCAGAAGAUGAGGAAGGGAGAAAAAGAAUGAGAUGGAUAAACCGCAAGAAAGAAAGACGGGAUUGUGUGUUUGCGAACAUCGGCUAGUGUGAUAAAACAGAAAUCAUUUUGUAUAUUGAGAUGCAUACCGGAUAAUUUCCAAAAGUUGCCGCUUUAUGUAAGACUGCUUUAGUGAAACAAAAAAAAACAGAAACUAAAAGUAUAAAUAUCGAUAUAAGACGAUUUUAGGACGCCGUGGUGCUGGACGGAAUAUUGGGACACACGAUGUUCGAUGGGCUUAUAUUAAAUUUAAAAUCAACAGUAUAAUAUUGUAUAUUAUAUUAUACACACAUAAUAAUUUUUUGUAUAAAAUAUCUCUCUCUAGGACUUUCAAUAGUAUGCAAAUUUUCGCAUAACACAAAUUAAAAGAUAUUUUCAGAUUGAAAGUUUUUAAUAUGUGGAUUUAUUGUCUUAAAUUGGAUAAUUAAUUGCUUGCAUAUCUUUUCGAUAUACAAGUAAUGGAUAUGGAUUUUUAAUUUUUCUUUAUUCACAUAUACUUUGUUCCUCUCACGAAUUUACUGCCAUUAGCGCGAACUGGGUUUCACGAUCCAAUUCAUACGUGUGUCCCAAGAUUUCGCCGGUUGAUUCGUACUGAUUAGAAAAAUGAUGUUAUUAGAUUUUAGAGAUUGACGAGAUAUAUAUAAUACAAUCUAUUUAUUACGGCGGCCUCGGACCGCGGAGUAAACGUGGAUUGGGAUCUUUCUUCAAUAAAAUUAUCGAAUUUCAUAUUAAAUGUCUAUCGCAUUAAUCUUUACCUUUUUUCUAGGUAUAUAAAUACGUAGAUAAAGAGAAGUAUUUUAACAUUGCGCAGUCUCUCGAUCCACUUUCAUUCUACGGUCGCAACGCGAUUGCAAAGCUAUACACGUGCAGAUAUAUAUGUAUACGUAUAUAGUAAAAUUAUAUAUGUAUGCAUAUAUACGCGUAAUAUGUACAUAUUAUUUAUUACGCGACGACUCGACUAUUUUUUCUAUUACUACUAAAAUUUUACGGUUAUUUGUUAUACCUCACUCGGGACAUUUUGAGCGGGUUUUUAGCGCGUGUUUGAGGAGAAGCGCCAAGACUUUUGCGAAUUUACACAGCGCGAAUGAUUUUUCUGCGUCUCUUUUUUUAUAGCAAUUAGUAUGUGCGUCAAUCUUUUCAGGAUAGACAUUGAACGUUACAAAUUGUCAUAAAUCACAUAUGGAAUUAAAUCUUAUUCUUGAUAAUGUGCAACAUAUAUAUGACUAUAGAAGAAGACAAUUAAUUUCAUCAAUUUCAUUGUUAAUGUAAGUAAAAUUUAGAUAGUUACAGAUUUUUCUUUAUUUCUAAAAUAUUUCAUCACUAAAAGAUUAAUCUAGGCUCCGUGAAAAAAAUUAUCUUGCAAAAGUUGUACUUGUUGGACGAAACCCAAUAUCAUCGUCGAUUGCUCAAGUACUUUCUCCUCACUCACGACGAUUGAAUAUCACUGCCAAAAGCCCAAGAUUAUAAUAAAAUAAAACAAAAAAAAAAAUAGCGUAGCUCGAUCGGACCCCGCAUUUCGGUCGCUCUCGAUCGCGCCGUCUCAUCUGUUCUGUCCUUUAUUCACGCAUACAUUGUCUCUCCAGUUUAUAUGAAUAUAUUUAUUUUUCGACGAAUAGCCACUUAUGUUGUUGAAAAAAUCCGUUCGCUUUUUUUCACAUUAAUUUAGCGCCGAUGACGAUACCAAUUCUAGCCAGUGAUUAAUUAUAAAACUCUUAUAAAACUUAUAUUUUCUCUGCGAUAUAUAAAAAAAGAUUGUAAAAUAAGGUAAACAGUACAAAGACGAAAUGUUUGAAAUAUGAAUUAACAUUUAGGAAGCCAUAGCUCUAACAUUUCUCUUUCAGGAAAUAAAAAUGUAGGAAAGAAUCUUCGUGCAAUAAGUAUUUUAUAAAUGCUUAUAGAAUGCAGAAUUUUAUAGCGAUGGAUACAUUGUAAUGCUUGACUUAUAUACUUUUAUAAAUAUAUUUAUGCAAAAACCGAUUGUAAAUCAAAACUUGAUUAUUUCCUAUUGAUAUAAAUCCUAUUUUAUUGAUUCUUUUUCUAUUAUUAACGCUUCAACAUUUCAAGAAAGUUAUUUUAUAGAAUACUUAUUCCUGUAUUUAUAUGUGUUAUUAUGCUGAUGCUCAUAAUUAUCCUGUUUGUCAUACGCAAUAAACAAUAUAAUUAUGUAUACGACUUGUAUUUUUAAUGCGAUGAUUCAUCUUCAGUAGAGGAAGUAUCGGCAUAAAAUUGAGAUUUAGUCUCACUUUCGCAAAGACGAAAGCAAGUUAUCGUAUCGUCGUCGAGAUCGCUAAUUAUCCGAGAAUUUCGUAGUCGAAGAGAGAUGCGAGCGAAAGCGAAACGGUGUGGGCGCACAUUCCAUGUGUAACGAUUAUACAUACGUGUAUAAAGUAAUCAUCUGUUAGAGUUUGAUAGGAAAUUCAUACAAACACACACGUACACACGGGCAUGCGAAAUAUUAUACUGGAAGAUGAUAAAUGAAUAAUAUAUAUGAAGUUUUCGAAGCUUACAUAAUAGACUUCGGUUUAUCAUUAUUAUGUAUCGUGAUUUUUAUGUCAUGUUCAAUAAAUGAGUUUUAAACUGCUUA